AUGUCCCACCCCCAGACAACCUUCCGCCAAACAACCUUCACCAGCCCCUCACUCCUCCUCACCCGCCGCCGCACCGUCUGCCGCACUACAGUCCACGCCCAGCUGGACCAACUCCGCGUAAAUGGCCAGUACGACUGCUUCAAGCUUGGCUGGCACCCCAUCUACGACGACAAGUCGCGCUGGCCCGCGCCCCUCCACCUCUUCUGGGACAGCGACGUCGCAAAGUGGAUAGAGGGCGCCUGUUAUUUUCUCGUGGACGAGUACGAUGUCGAGGUCGACGCCGCCGUCCGGGAGCUCGUCGCCAUGAUCCGCGGUGCGCAACACGCGGACGGCUACCUCAACGUUCACUUUUCCGUCGUGGAGCCGGGGAAACGGUGGACGAAUAUCCGUGAUAUGCAUGAAAUGUACAACGCCGGCCACCUCAUCGAAGCUGCAGUAGCACACAGACAAUAUUACAGAAACGACCUGCUCAUGGAACCCAUCGAAAAGUACAUAUCCCACAUCCACCGCCGUUUCGGACCGGGAAAGGACCAGUUGAGAGCCUACCCAGGCCACCCGGAAAUCGAGCUGGCCCUCUUACGGUGCUACGCCGCGACGGGCAACCAGGAAGCCUACGACCUUGCCCGCUUCUUCCUCGAGGAGCGCGGGAACCCGACGGGCCAGGACGGCAAGCACUUUUACGACUGGGAGAUGGAGCAACGCGACGAGCCGCGCUGGAAACGGCCCAACUCGUUCCCCAUGGACAGGUCCUACUGGUUCUGCCAGGCCCACGCCCCGAUCCUCGAGCAGGCGUCCGUCGAGGGCCACGCCGUCCGCGUUAUGUACCUCCUCACCGCUGCCGCCGACCUCCUGAGCCUUUCCCAGACGAACGGCACCGCCGCCGCGGGAGCAUCAGCAGCAGGUUCGACCCGACCCCUCGCCGCCGCCCCAGAGUGGCUGUCCGCCCUUCGACGCCUCUGGUCCAACAUAGUCGACAAGAAAAUGUACCUCACCGGCGGCGUCGGCGCCGUAGCGCAGUGGGAGGGCUUCGGCAUCGACUACUUUCUCCCCCAGGGCCCCGAUGAGGGCGGCUGCUACGCCGAAACAUGCGCCUCCGUCGGCCUCAUGAUGCUGGCGGAGCGCCUCCUGCACGCGGACGCGGAUCCGGCGCCAAACGGUCGCUACGCCGACGUCAUGGAGCUAUGUCUGUACAACAACGUCAUGACGGCCAUGAGCGCCGACGGCAAGGCCUUUACGUAUGAGAACCAGCUCGCGAGCUGCGAGGCUGCGCGGAGCGAGAGGGAGGACUGGUUUGUGUGCGCUUGUUGCCCACCCAAUGUGACGCGGCUGUUUGGGAGCCUGGGCGGGUAUCUAUGGGAUUACGGGAGUGCAAGUGGCAAAGGCGAGGGGGCGAAGCGAGAGGCGUUUGUCACUGUGCACCUGUACACAAGCGCAGAGGUCAAGUUCCCGGUAGGAGAGGGCAAGGCGGAGAAGGAGAUAUCAUUUUCGCAAAAGUCCAACUGGCCGUGGGAGGGCAACAUCCUCUUUCAGCUCAAAGGCGCAGAAUCUCUCGAUACGACAAUACGACUGCGUAUCCCAGCGUGGUCGGCACAGGGCGGCCACGUCCUCACGCCCACGCCGCCCGCGGGGACGGUGGCGCUGGAAAAAGGGGGCUACCUCCGCCUCGACGCGUCGUACACGGCCUCGAACCCGGUCUUCUCGCUCAACGUCGGCGGCAGCAGCGGCUUCGCGCCGCGAUACAUUGCGCCCCAUCCGUACACGAAUCAGCACACGCUCAGCCUGGCGAGGGGCCCGAUCGUAUACUGCGUCGAGGACGCCGAUCACCCGUGGGAGGGCAACCACUUCAAGGACUUGGGGAUCAAGAGGGGGACACCGGUGGGGGAGGAGUGGAGGGUCGACGCGAAGAGCGGGGAGGGGUACUUCGCCUUGAGAACUACGGGCUGGGAACGGUCGCCGGAGGCUCUGGAAAGGGGCGAAGAAGGAGUGCAGAGGGACCUGGUGUUUGUGCCGUUUUACUUUCGGUCGAAUAGGGGCGGGAGGGGACAGAUGAGGGUCGGGUUGAGAGAUGAUGGGAGGUGA